AAGCAGUUGGGCAUAACUGGAGGAUCCGUGUUCAGAGAGAACACAGUAGACAGCAGUCCAUUCAGAGGGAUAAUAAGCCCAGAUGAGCAUCUGUGCGGAGAAAUUCUCCAGGAAAAAUAUGCAGAAGAUCUUGGGGGAGAACUCCCUCGGCUCAGAUGUCCAGCGCCAGCAGUUCUGGUGUUUCCGCUACCAGGAGGCUGAGGGGCCCCGGGAGGCUUGCAGCCGACUCCACCUUCUUUGCCAUGAGUGGCUGAAGCCGGAGCAACACACAAAGAACCGGAUCCUGGACCUGGUGAUCCUGGAGCAGUUCCUGGCUGUCCUGCCCCCAGAGAUGGAGAGCUGGGUGAGGGAGUGUGGAGCAGAGACCAGUUCCCAGGCGGCGGCCCUGGCCGAAGGUUUCCUCCUGAGCCGGGCAGAGGAUGAGAAGCAGGAAGAGCAGGAGGAAAAGUCUGUCUAUGCAGAAAUAAGAAAUGAUUUCCUCGAGGAAGAGAGGACUCCAUGGGACACCAGGCAGAGGGAGCUGGGUGCUGGGAUGAUGUCAGCCAGACCUACACAAGCAUCUCCCCUUUCUGGUGGAGGAGAAGUGGUUGCUAUCGCCCCAGAUCAGGAUCCAGUGUCUUGGGAGGAUGUGGCUGUGCAGUUCACGGAAGAGGAGUGGGCUUUGCUGUCUCCUGACCAGAGAGCUCUGCAUAGCGAAGUCAUGGGGAAGAUUUGUUUGACUCUGUCCUGUCUUGGUACGGCCAAGAAAAGACUUACUGCCCACCAAAGAAUUCACACUGGGGAGAAACCAUACAAGUGCUUAGAAUGUGGAAAGAGCUUCUGCUGGAAACACCAACUCACUUCUCAUCAAAGAAUUCACACCAGGGAGAAACCAUACAAGCGCUUAGAAUGUGGAAAGAGCUUCAGUCAGAAGAGAAAUCUGACUUCCCAUCAAAGAAUUCACACUGGGGAGAAACCAUAUAAAUGCUUAGAAUGUGGAAAGAGCUUCAGUUGGAAAUCCCAACUCACUUCCCAUCAAAGAAUUCACUCUGGGGAGAAACCAUACAAGUGCUUAGAAUGUGGAAAGAGCUUCAGUCAGAAGAGAAAUCUGACUUCCCAUCAAAGAAUUCACACUGGGGAGAAACCAUAUAAAUGCUUAGAAUGUGGAAAGAGCUUCUGCUGGAAACAUCAACUCACUUACCAUCAAAGAAUUCACUCUGGGGAGAAACCAUACAAGUGCUUAGAAUGUGGAAAGAGCUUCAGUCAGAAGAGAAAUCUGACUUCCCAUCAAAGAAUUCACACUGGGGAGAAACCAUACAAGUGCUUAGAAUGUGGAAAGAGCUUCAGCAGGAAAACCAUACUCACUUCUCAUCAAAGAAUUCACACUGGGGAGAAACCAUACAAGUGCUUAGAAUGUGGAAAGAGCUUCAGCAGGAAACACCAACUCACUUCCCAUCAAAGAAUUCACACUGGGGAGAAACCAUUUAAGUGCUUAGAAUGUGGAAAGAGCUUCAGCUGGAAAUACCAACUCACUUCCCAUCAAAGAAUUCCCAGACCUCCAGCUGCAGCAGGCUCAACCAGCUGCCACUUUAAAUAA